UUUUGACUUGGCAAGGUUCUGCCCAAGUUAAGAAAAUUAAGAAUUUCCUGGAGAUGAGUCUGAUUAAACCGAUAAAACUUUUGAUAUAAUAAUUUAUUGCCUAUCAGUUUUUCAAAUUAAGUUUCAUCAAUAUUUAAAUACAGACAUGGGUGGAUUCUUUAGCAAACAAAAAAAGCCCGUAAGCAGGGUUACUGAGCAAGAUAAAGCAGUUCUACAACUUAAACAACAAAGGGAUAAGUUGAAACAGUAUCAGAAGAAGAUAGAGAUUAAUUUGGAAAGAGAUCGUCAGUUUGCCAAAAGACUCCUAGCAGAAGGUAAACGUGAAAAGGCAAAAUCACUUCUCAAAAAGAAACGUUACCAAGAACAGCUCCUGCAGAACACAGAUGCGCAGUUAGAGCAAUUGGAACAGCUUACUCACGAUCUUGAGUUUGCGCAAAUUGAAAUUCAGGUGCUGGAUGGCUUGAAGACUGGAAAUGUAGCAUUGAAAAGCAUUCAUGAUAUACUGAACAUAGAUGAAAUAGAGAAGAUCAUGGACGAAACAAAGGAAGGAAUUGAAAAGCAGAGAGAAAUAGAUGAACUAAUAUCAGGUCAAUUGACUGAGGAAGAUGAGGAGGCUGUGGAGGCUGAACUGGAAGCCAUCUUGGAUGUCAGCGAUCAGUUACCUGAUGUGCCGAAAGAGAAGCUGCCGGACAUUGAAGAAGAGGAGGCAGAGAAACCUCGGAAAGCUAAAGAAGCACCAAGGAAAAUUGCUAUGGAGGCCUAAAUGUUUAUAUUAUAUUCAUAUAUAGUUUGGCAAGCCAUUACCGUCAGUAGAAAAAGGUGCAAAAUCUAAAAAAUGUAA